CCUCGGGGCUGGGAGAGGGCGUGGGGGCGGCACCUCACGUCUGGUACAGUCAUCCCAAGCCUCUUCGGCGGGACUGUGAUGGCUGGAGAGAUGACGAUCUUAGGAUCAGCUGUUUUGACUCUUCUGUUGGCUGGCUAUUUGGCACAACAGUAUUUACCGUUGCCUACUCCUAAAGUGAUUGGCAUUGACCUUGGUACCACCUACUGUUCUGUCGGGGUGUUUUUUCCUGGUACGGGAAAAGUAAAGGUCAUUCCAGAUGAAAAUGGGCAUAUCAGUAUACCCAGCAUGGUGUCGUUUACUGACAGUGAUGUAUAUGUGGGUUAUGAAAGCUUAGAGCUGGCAGAUUCAAAUCCUCAGAACACAAUAUAUGAUGCCAAGAGAUUCAUAGGCAAGAUUUUUACCCCAGAAGAGCUGGAGGCUGAAGUUGGCAGAUACCCAUUUAAGGUUUUAAACAAAAACGGAAUGGUUGAGUUUUCUGUGACAAGUAAUGAGACCAUCACCGUUACCCCAGAAUACGUUGGCUCUAGACUAUUGUUGAAGUUAAAGGAAAUGGCAGAGGAAUAUCUUGGAAUGCCAGUUGCCAAUGCUGUUAUUUCUGUACCAGCAGAAUUCGAUCUAAAACAGAGAAAUUCAACAAUUGAAGCGGCUAACCUUGCAGGACUGAAGAUCUUGAGGGUAAUAAAUGAACCCACAGCGGCAGCUAUGGCCUAUGGCCUCCACAAAGCUGAUGUCUUUCAUGUCUUGGUGAUAGAUUUGGGCGGAGGAACUCUAGAUGUGUCAUUGCUGAAUAAACAAGGAGGAAUGUUUCUAACCCGAGCAAUGUCUGGAAACAAUAAACUUGGAGGACAGGACUUCAAUCAAAGACUUCUUCAGUAUUUAUAUAAACAGAUCUAUCAAACAUACGGCUUUCUACCCUCUAGGAAAGAGGAAAUUCACAGAUUAAGACAAGCUGUGGAAAUGGUCAAAUUAAAUCUGACUCUUCAUCAGUCUGCUCAGUUGUCAGUAUUACUAACAGUGGAGGAAAAGGACAAGAAGGAGCCUCAGAGUAGUGACACUGACCUGCCAAAGGACAGAUUUUCUCCUGCUGAUGGCCACCAUGUGAACAGUGUGGUUGGAGCUGGGCUUUCUGAAAAGAAAAGUGGAGAAAGUCAGGUGUUAUUUGAAACAGAAAUAUCACGGAAGCUCUUUGACACCCUUAAUGAAGAUCUCUUCCAGAAAAUACUUGUACCCAUUCAGCAAGUAUUAAAAGAAGGCCACCUGGAGAAGACUGAGAUCGAUGAGGUGGUUUUGGUUGGGGGUUCUACUCGUAUUCCUCGAAUCCGCCAAGUCAUUCAGGAGUUCUUUGGGAAGGAUCCCAACACUUCUGUAGACCCUGACCUGGCAGUGGUGACAGGAGUGGCUAUCCAAGCAGGGAUUGAUGGGGGCUCCUGGCCUCUCCAAGUCAGUGCUUUAGAAAUUCCCAAUAAGCAUUUACAAAAGACCAACUUCAACUGAAUUAUGGAGGAAUGAUUAUUUGUGAUUGUCUGAUGAGCAUUUCCUCUUUAUCAGACCACCUCCUCCAAUAAAGAAAAGUCUAAAAUACUCAGAAAUUUACCUGAAAGGUAGCAUUUAGAUACACAGAAUUUUACAUAACAUUUGGUUUUAGGAUUAAAUGUGACCAGAUUGAGCCUACGUGAUUUUGGAGAGAUCUCAUUCCAACAAAUAAUUUUCACAUGAUAGAGUUGAAGUAAAACUGUUGCAGGAGCAUGGGUGGUUUUAUUUUCUGGAUUCUGUAAGUAGAUAACCACAUGCACUUAAAAGGACAUUCUGUAAACAUUGCCUAGUGCCAAUAUUACGAUUCCCAGUUCUUACUAAAUUGUAUUAGCAGGAGCUGGUAAUUGAUUUACUUGGAUAUCACAUGUAACUAUUAGUUUGAACUAUACUUGAAGGACAGUAUUGGUGUCAGGUUUUUACAUUGGCUGGGAGAUAGCAGUAUUAGGAAUAUAAGCUGCAUAUAUAAUGUUCAGUAACUGCCAUAUUAUGUAAUAAAUUUACUUUCACAAAUUCC